UAACCCUUUCAGUAUGUUAUCCGUCCAGUCGCGGCAGUGUGGAUGUUAGCAACCUCCUAGAAAAUAAUACUGAACGUCUCCGAUUCAACAUUUAGGACUCUAUGACCACUUAGCAAAAGCUUAGCAACCGACAGAAACACCCAAUAAAACAGCAGCUCUUUAAAAGUCUCACACACAAACUGACCUCGGAGGACCCAAACCACCAACAUCAAUAAUAAAUCAAUACACCAAUAAAUAAGUACAGUCGCUCACUCAGUCGCUUGAUCAGCCAAUGAAACACCUCCAACAACAGACCCCCUCAUUCUCAUAAUUAAUUUUUUAAAUUUAUUUUACCAGGAAGUCUGAUUGAGAUCAAUAAUCUCACAAAAAGCCCAAUGAAACAUUAAAAUACAAAUAAUAUAAAAACUCCAGUGACCACAUUCAUUAUGAUGAGGUUCAUCAGUGGGCAAAAACUGGGCUAAUUUUGCAGAUUAUUAUCCAAAGUGCUUGGUAAGAACUGCAGCUUUUACACUACAGUCACAUUCACUCAUUCACACUCAUUCAUUCAUCUGCUGUUGUCUGCGAGUGGUCAACGAUGUCCAACCAACCGAAUCAUAAAUAUGUAAUGAAACGGAUGUACGUUACGCUACAUCCAGGAAACUACACAAUAAAUUCACAAAGAAAUCCAAAUGUAAACUGUGGUUGCUUUUUAAAGCUGCAGUAAGUAUUUUUAAAUCUGAAACUUUGACUGACAGUAGAACGUGAGACAGAUAAUCUGUGAAACAAUCAGGUUCUUCUGGUUCCUCCUACUGCUCCUAACAGGAAUUACAAGAAUCCACUGGGCCGAACAUAAAUGACCAAUCAGAGCCGAGAAAGAUAGAAAGACACUUUGGGUUGGAGGCUUGAAGAUAUUUGAUUGUCUCAUUCCCAGGACGUCAGUAUGACGAGACUCAACAAUCUACUGUCUUUCUCGGCUCUGAUUGGUUGUUCGAAUUGUGGAUGAUUUGUUAAAGUGUGACGUCGUAUGUGGGAGUUGGUUACAGCGCCACCUGCUGCAGCAGCACGGUGAGACAUAGAGAUAAAAGGGACAAUCACUGAUACAGAACCACAUAAAAGAUCAAAUACACACCAGUGACAGAACAGGCAUACAAAAACAGUAAUCUAUUACAGUUACAUAAAAAACUUUCAUCAGAUUACAGUUAUAUGAAAAUCUGGAUAUUUAGCAGGAGGACAAUUUUAAGAGGACAGAAUUUAUGCUAAAAUCUUGUUUUCAAGAUUCAAGAUUCAAGAAGCUUUAUUUAUCCCGAGGGAAAUUACUGUGCAACAGUUUCAAUACAAAGGUCGUAAAGUAAAGUAAUACAGGGUCAGAGUAAAAAUAAGCUGACAUAAAAUAAAAUAAAACAAAAAAAUAAAAUAAAGGCUAACAUAAAAUAAAUCAAACAAUUAACUAAAUGCAACAAAAUGUAAGCACUUACAGGUAACAUAAGUAGAAAAGAAGAAAACAAGUAACUAAAUGUUACAAAGUGCAACCAAAAUUGCAGUUAAACGUAGGUACAGUAUAUACAAUAUACAACAAUACGCACCGUGCAGCUUAGCAGCAUAAAUUGAAAUAAAAUAAGCACAAACUAAGUAAGUGAUAAGGAGCGAUUGGAUAAAGUGGUAACAGUGGUAAAAGUGAUUUAAAAACUUGUAGCAGCAUUUGUUAUCAGCAUAAAUUAACUAUGGUACAGUACAACUACAUAAAGUGAUGAAGUGAAAGUUGGGUAAAAAAAACGGUAAAGUGACAUUUGUUCAGGACACAGUGUCUCCACUGUCCCUCUCGCGACCGGAGGUAGAUGAGUUAUAGAGUCUGAUGGCCACAGGAAGAAAAGACUUCCUCUGGCGUUCAGGGUUACAUCGGGGGGGAUGAGUCUGUUGCUGAAGGUGCUUCUGCUCGAGGUUAGCACCUGGUGGAGAGGGUGAGCGUUGUUGUCCAGGAUACUGUGCAACAGAAAUUCGCUUUGCAUCUGGACUGAUGGUCUGUGCUGGAGCAGCUCUCUGCUUCUCCAAACUGAGGGAUCGCUGAGCAGCAGCUAAUGUAGCUAACACACUGACUAUAGAUAAGUACUUCAUACGACCCCACUUCAAAAAACCCGAACUAUCCCUUUAAGGUUGAAGAUCGGCAACAUUUCCGUUUAAUCUUUUGUUUACACUGUAGUUUAUUCUAUCCGUUAUACACCGUUCUUCUGCUGCAAAUACUCACUAGCUCACCAAAUCCGUAGCUGAAAGUCAUCCCAUUACAAAUACACUGUUUAUUUCUGUUUGGGUAACUUUUGCUAGAAACUACAGUGGCCAGCUGUUUUAGGAGUAGUAUAGUAUAUUUUCAUGACCUGUUUUCAUGACCAUACCACAUUGUGCCUCAUAUACUGUAAAUGUCAGACCCAGUGACAGGCUGGCAUGAAAUGGCUUUCAUAAUACUUAGUAAGGAGGCCAUAAUAUUUUUGACUCAUGGCUGAAGUUAAGUUUCUCCAGCUCUCCCCAGGUUGGCAAAAAAUGCAUCUCAAAAUGAAUCAGAUUGAUGCUUUAAAAUAUGGAAUAUUCAAAAUGUUCUUUUACGGGGGCAUGCUCCCCCGGACCCCCCUAGAGGUGUAAUAUCCUUCUCACCUUUUUCACCCCUGACCCGUUUUCAUGCCUGUUACAGUAAGAAUCUUUUUCACACAUUAAUAUUUAUUUCUAGAAAUAAACAUUUAUUCUUUGAACAUCGAAAACUUUCUGCUGUUAUUGUGACUUUAAAGAACGUCGCUGAGCGAGGAGACAUUUCAAACCACAGACAUCAGUGUUUGUGUGAAACCUCGAAUUCAGGUCUUCCUCUUUCAGGUCCCUCUCUCUCUCUCUCUCUCUCUCUCUCUCUCUCUUUCUCUCACAGACACAUUUCCCUUUUAUCAGCGGUGUGUUUUCAGUGUGAGAUCGAUGCCGUGCAGCCGCCUCCACCAUCACCUGUAUGAGCGCCAAGCAAUAGCAGCAGCAGCAGCCAUAAAAGAAGAUGAAUUACUCACAGGACAACCUGAUGUUCACCCAAUCAGAAUACAACUCAAACACUGAUGACUACAACAACUCUGUGACACCGACUCCCGACUAUGAUGUGUCAGCACCUUGUUAUCACCAGAAGAACCAGAGCCUUGGGGAGGUGAUCGGUCCGUACGUCCACUCCAUCAUCUGCAUCCUGGGCCUCGUGGGAAACAGCCUGGUAAUCGUAACCUAUGCCUUCUACAAGAGGACCAAGUCCAUGACCGACGUGUACCUGCUCAAUGUUGCCAUCGCUGACCUGCUGUUCGUGAUAUCGCUGCCACUUAUCGUCUACAAUGAGCUGACGUCGUGGUCGAUGGGGUUGGUGGCCUGCAAACUGCUGCGCGGCUCCUAUAGUGUCAACCUGUACAGCGGCAUGUUGCUGCUUGCCUGCAUCAGCACUGACCGCUACAUCGCCAUCGUACAGGCCCGCCGCAGCUUCAGACUGCGCUCGCUGCCGUACAGCCGCCUCAUCUGCGCCAUUGUCUGGGCCACCGCCUUGCUGCUGUCUGUCCCGACGUUCUACUUCUACAGCCUGUACGAGCCGUCCCACAGCGAGUUCUUUUUCGACCAAGAUUACGAACAAGAGACAACUUAUAAUACGUCUGAGUACGUUUGCGAGUUCUUGUUUAGUGACAACAACACGGCCUGGACGAUCAAGGUGGCAGUCCCCAGCACCCAGAUCGCCGUGGGCUUCUUCCUGCCACUCCUCAUUAUGGUCUUCUGCUAUACUGCUGUCAUCGUCACCCUGCUGAGAGCCAAAAACUUCCAGCGGCACAAGGCGGUGCGUGUGGUGUUUGCUGUGGUGGCAGUGUUCAUUGUCUGCCACCUGCCCUACAACCUCACGCUGCUCUACGACACUGCCUACAUGUUCGAGCAGCAGUUGUGUGAAGAAUCGGACACCCUGCAGGUAGUCAAAACGGUGACGCAGACCAUCGCCUACCUGCACUGCUGCCUGAACCCGGUGCUGUACGCCUUCGUCGGGGUGAAGUUCAGGAACCACUUCCGGAGGAUCGUCCAGGACCUGUGGUGUCUGGGGAAGAAGUACAUCGCCCCGCGCCGCUUCUCCAGGGUCACCUCCGAGAUGUACGUGUCCACUCGCCGCUCGGUGGACGGAUCCAGUGACAACGGCUCGUCUUUUACCAUGUGAGGACACCCGGCGGGUUCGUCUGCAAAUCCUGAACCCUGAAGGUCUGAGGAGCUCAGGAAGAGACUUGAGUCUGUAAAUCACUGUGCAAUCGUGUUGCUUUAAGUUCUGAUUCUCAGUUGUCUCAACAUAAAUCUCAGGGGUUAAGAUGAUUUAAUGAUCUGCUGCACCAGUUCUAUCCGUCUUUCUUUUCUAUCAGUUUUGUUUUAGGGGCUAAACCUGUCGAAACAACCUGAGAAGGAAACGUCGCUCUUUCUCUGAACUGAUUGAAAGAGUUCAUGAAGUUUGGUUAGCAGCUGUUUUUCAGAAGGACUUUAGGGCCCCUGGUCUGAGAUUUGUUCUGCAUAACCUCUUAGAAAUGAUGUCUACAUACUAACUGGUUCUGGUUCUGUCUGGAUUGGGUUCAUGUGUGAAUUGAAUUUAAUCAUUCAUGAAUUAUUUAGAGAAACUAGAAUCUAUUUUUGUUUUUUCUUUUUCCAGCAGUUUCAUUGCAAAAAAAUCUUAAAAACUGAAAAACUACUACUAAAAAAAACAUUUUAGUUUAAAGUCCGGGAUGGACUGGCUGAUCAGAUAUUCAUAUAUAUAUUCAGAGAUAUGAAUAUAAUAAGGAUUCAGUAUUUCUGGUUGUGUGGAAUGACCUUUAACACGUAAUGAAAUAUAAUAAAACAUCAAAUAUUCUAAUAAUUCAAAUUAUUUUCAGAAGAUAUUUUCAUUCUUUAAGCAUUGAGCUCUUUAACUGCAGCUUCACUUUAAUCUGAUUAAAACCUGCUGAGUAUAAACUUCUGGAGGCGGAUCAGUGGAUUUAAUACUGACCUCUCGGUGACCUCCAGAUUCCACUUCCUGUUCCUGUGAGUUUUAUUUUAUAGGAUUGCUGAAUGUAAUUUUUCUGUACUUACUGGCUGCUUCCUGCUCUGUUUAUUAUACAAUAAAUGCCUCCAUCCACAA